CGACGUCGUGUACGACUACCAGGGAAGAACCUACUUAUUCACAACAUUUACAUUGCGGAACGACCCUCUGUAAUUUCCAUGGGCAAGCCACGUUGACGGAAGGAGCAUAAUGCGAUAAAUAUAAUCAUAUCGCGUGUUGUAUGGUUUGAUAAAGAAGCUUGAAAAUAGAACUGGUGUAAAAUUACGUCCGACAGGCAGGAAAACACUCGUAUAAACAUGUUUGACUGCGUCGGCGGCAGCAAUUUCAGACAUUCCUUCGGACCUAUUGAAGUGGUAUGAAAUGUAAUACGUUUGUUUGUGUCGCUACACCACUCAGUCACCAUCAAUGGCAGCCAAUACAGAAUUAUUCGAUGAAAUUUCGAUGCUCGCGAUUCCAUGGACAAAGCUGCUAGCAGAAUGAGAAUCAGCGAAGGAAAUCCUGCGGAGACCACUGUGCUUUCUUCAGAAUCGAUGACCACUUCCGCCGGAAGCUCCGGCGACGAUUAUCCGACGAUUUCAGAGCCUCCCCUGCCUCUCGCAACAUUCUCCAUCGAGGACUGUGUUUACAGAGGCGAAGGAAAUGCUAACGUCGUUAUUGCGCUGUCACAAGAGCACAAGGUAAUUCGAUUCCGGAAGUCGUUGCCGGACGAUGUUCCACCGGAUGGCGGCAAACAACGCGCCGAACGAGAACUGGAAUUCGUCAAGAGCGUAGCUUCCUGCUUUUUAGGCCCGUACGCACAGAUCCCUAAGAUUCUUCGCUACGACGUGAAAGACAUCGCCAGACUUUCGGAAGCCAUUCAACCACUUCGACCAGAUAAACGCCGACACACGGAUGUUACGGAGACUUAUGCGACACAAUACCCAGACUACACUUUUCUUAGAACGAAAUGCGACGAGCCUAAUCUAUUUCGAAGCAAAAAUACAUUUUGCGUGGAAAUUAAACCAAAGCAAGGAUACUCGAGAGACGCCGAUAGUAAAUUUCAAAAAUGUCCUUAUUGUUUAACUCAAUAUUAUAAGCUGCAGAAAAAGGUAAUCGCAGCCCGAAGUACUUACUGUCCGUUUGAUUUAUUUUCUGGGGUAGAGGAACGCAUGAAAUCAGCAUUAAAAGGGCUCCUGAUAUCCCCACAGAAUAAUCUGAAGAUUUUUAAGGACGGUGUAGUUGUUUACGAUCAAGAAUCAUCGUUAAACGAUCUCGUAUGUGUUUUAGCGGAAUGGCUUCACAAUUCUGUCGCCUGCACGAACAAAGAAUACAUCGAUCAAUUCUGCGAUUUGAUCUGUGCUGCCGUUUUGCAUUCGUUUGCCAAAGAAGAAUUCAUGCCAUCUUCCGCGUACGAAAAAUGCGCGCGGUCUGCCCAACAACAAGAUUUCGAACCGAUCUCGUACGUUAAUCCAGAUAUAGUAGCAAAGGCCAAAAAACUUGUGCAUUUUAGCAAAAAGCCGUGCAAUGUAAAAGGUGGAACUUUACCUAAAAAUUGUGUGCUAGAACGAAUCCUCCAUAUGCAGAAGCUACCCUUUAUCAGUUCAGAAUACGUUUACAACAUAUAUUCAAAGUUUCGACCAUUAUUAACGGACGAUAUAAUAUAUUCUAAUUUAAUAAGAACACAGAAGUUUCACAAGCAACGGAUAUUAUCUUCUUAUAAAUCUACAAGUAAUGUUAUGAAACGUUCGAACGUGUCGCAGGAGACUCGCUUGAAAACGUAUAUCAAAGACGACGAGCCUAAAGAAAAUGUUCCUCUUUCCCAAAAAUCAACAUCACUGCCCAUGUACUUGCAAGACAAUAAUUUGUCAUGUGAUAAGUCUAACAUAAUACAUAGCGAAACUAAUCCACAUUGUAAUGAAAAAGAAACGAAUCUUUUUAUAAGCUCCGAGAACAUAUUACGCUUACAAAAUUAUCUUCUGUUCUCGUGUGCUAGGGAUUGCUCGAUAUUGAUUGCAUUUCGAGAGCUCAAUACGAAUACCGAAUUCUCAACCCUUAACGAGGGGGUAAUAAAACUUUCGGAUGGGCUAUGCUUUCUUUGCAACAUUGGAGUUUCAGAUUUAGAACCGAAAAGUCUUCGUUGUAUCGAGAAACAUCGUCAACGGGAUACUAAUGUUUUAAAUGCUGUAAUAUCUAUUUUUGAGAAGGAACUUAUAGUUGAAAAUCAAUCGUUGAUGCAAAAUUAACCAUUGCAAUUAUAAUUUCUCUUCAACAAAUGUUAAAGACUUUUAUCGUACGACUUUUUUUUUUUUUAAUCAAAUUAUGUGUAUCACGUACUUAUAAUUCGCGUAGAUUUUUAACUGUUGCCGACGAGUGUAUUCUGUCUUUCAAAAUACAUUUAACAUUUUUAUUUAUGGUUCUGUACCAUGAUACUGUAACAUGAUACUGUUUUAUUAUGACAAUAGAGUAACGAGAAGGAGUAAGGGUGUAGUCAGGGUGGGGAAAAAUGGGGCACUUGCCCCCUACUAUUUAUUUAUAAAUAAAUAAAUUUUUUAAUUCAAUGUUCUCUGGAUACAAAUGGCCAGAAA